CGUCGGUCUUCGCUCUGGAGGACCGGAGUCUCUCCCGGCAGCAGCAGGCCCGAGUCCCGGGUCAGUGUCAUGAUCCCGGCCCGGAGAUGCUGUCCGUCCCCGGUGUGUGUCCGGCCGUCGGGCCCGAGCAGGAGGACAGAGAGGAGGGAGGAGAGGGAGGAGGAGGAGGAGGAGGAGGAGGAGGAGGAGGAGGAGGAGGAGGAGGAGGAGGAGGAGGAGGAGGAGACGGAGGAGGAGACGCGUCCCUGCAGCGGAUGCUGAAGGAGAUCUCCGCGGAGAGGAGCCGUCUGUCCGCCAGACAGCAGAGCAGCGGGCUGGGUUGUUUUAAGGACGACCGCAUCGUGUUCUGGACCUGGAUGUUCUCCACCUACUUCAUGGAGAAGUUCGCUCCUCUUAAGGACGACAUGCUGUUCUACGUCCGCAGGAAGCUGGCCUACGUCAGCGGAGACGGCAGCAGCAGCAGCAGCAGCGAGGGCAAGAAGGUGGAGGUGGAGGUUUACAGGAGAGACUCUAAGAAGCUGCCCGGCCUCGGUGACCCCGACAUCGACUGGGAGGAGAGCGUCUACCUGAACCUCAUCCUGCAGAAGUUGGACUACGUGGUGACGUGUGCGGUCUGCACGCGCUCAGACGCUGGAGAUAUCCACAUCCACAAGAAGAAAUGUCAGGAAGUGUUUGCGUCUCCCAGUAAACACGCCAUGGACAGCAAAGGGGAGGAGUCCAAGAUGAGCUACCCGAACAUCUUCUUCAUGAUCGACAACUUUGACGAGGUGUUCAGUGACAUGACGGUGGGCGAGGGGGAGAUGGUUUGCGUUGAACUGGUGGCGAGCGACAAAAGCAACACCUUCCAGGGAGUCAUCUUCCAGGGAUCCAUCCGCUACGAGGCCCUGAAGAAGGUCUACGACAACCGGGUGAGCGUAGCUGCUAAAAUGGCCCAGCGGAUGUCCUUCGGCUUCUACAAGUACAACAACAUGGAGUUUGUGAGGAUGAAGGGUCCGCAGGGCAAAGGUCACGCAGAGAUGGCCGUCAGCAGGGUGCCGACGGGCGACACCUCCCCCUGCGGCACCGAGGAGGACCAGGUGUCCCCCAUGCACGAGAGGGUGACGUCCUUCAGCACCCCCCCCACUCCGGAGAGGAACCGUCCGUCCUUCUUCUCUCCGUCUCUGAGACGCAAAGUUCCCCGAAACCGAAACACGGAGAUGAAGAAGUCUCACUCUGCCAACGACAGCGAGGAGUUCUUCAGGGAGGAGGAGGACGAAGAGCUUCACGCCACCUCUAACCUGCGCUCUCGCUCUCUGUCCGGUACCGGUCGCUCUCUGGUCGGCUCGUGGCUCAAACUGAACCGGACCGAGGACUACUUCCUGCUCUUCUCCCACCUGACCUACGUCACGCUGCCGCUGCACCGCAUCACCACAGACAUCCUGGAGACGAGGCAGAAGCCCAUCCUGAUGACGUAGCAGCGCCUCCUCGCUCAGAGCUCCACUACCAAGUGCCUCCUGCAUCAGGCCACCAGAACCGCCGAGACCACCACGAGACCAUGAGACCACCGAGACCAGAGCGGCUCCCCCCAGAGUCCAGACCCAGAGUCCAGACCCAGACCCAGAACCAAACACAAACACCGCUGCAGAGGAGACAAACAACCAGCCAUUCAGGAAGUGCCUCUUCUUCUUCUUCUUCUUCUUCUCUUUCAGUUCCCGCUGCGGCCGAGGGGUCACAUGACCGGGGUCACAUGACCUUUAGUGUGGAAAAAAGGCAAAUCUGUCUGAACUCUGACCAGGAAGUGGAGAAUGUGUGUUUUCUUGUAAAUAUCUGCUGCUUUACUCACGUCGACGCCUCCACUGAAGGUUCUGCUUUUAAUGACGCGUUCGUGGUUUUCAGUUUUUUUUUUAUAUUACCCACGACGACGGGACUCGUGAAGUGUUUUUGUACGAGAGGAAACAAGAAUUGUAGACGACACCUUUACAACACAACCAGUCGCUGAAUUCACUCAGUUCAUCGAUUUAUGGAAAGAUAUUCGUCUCAUUUAGUCUGAAUGUUAAAAAUAUGAAAAAACUAAUUGAUGUUCUCACAACUUUGUUACAUAAACGUCUUUAUUUUGUCAGAAAAUGUUAGAAAAGUGCUCAAAUACCAACAAGCACAUCUGAGAACAUGUUACCAGCAGUUAUUUAUAUUCUUACUUUAAUGUUUUAUCAUCAGCUUUGCUAAACUAAAUAAUUAAUUCAUAAUUAUUAAAUCUACUUAAAUGAAGAAAUAAAAAAAAACUUUACUUCCUCUUUACUUGGAAAAUGACUUGGUUGAUUGAUUGACAAUAUCAAAUAAAAUCAUAAAUUUAUAAAUAAAAAGUUCCACUUUACUCUAAAUAUAUAACUCCUUCUUAGAUGAAAUGUUCUAUAAUAUUAAUAUUAAUAACCUUUCCUUCUCUCAGCUCACCAAUCAACGGAUCAUUUCUGUCCUGAUCGUGUUGUUAAAUUAUUUCUAAUAUUCUGUAAAUCACAAAAAGUAUCUUUGAACUCACCAACAGUUUUAAAUGUGUACAGCAACAAACGGUUACAGUUUUUAUUAUUAUUAUUAUUGUUAUUAAUAUUAUGAUAAUUAAUAUAGGUGCAAAUAUUAAAACCCCAUUUUUUCAAUUUUAGUUUAAAAAUAUACGCAGAUGUACGACGGCGUAAUAGAUCCACUGUUGGUAAAAAUUUAAAUAAAA